UUUUUCUUAUGCAUGCUUGCGCGCAUAAUCCUACUGGUGUUGAUCCUACGCCAGAGCAAUGGGAUCAAAUUUCCAAGCUCAUAAAAGAACGUGGACACUUCCCAUUUUUUGAUAUGGCUUAUCAAGGAUUCGCGUCUGGUGAUAUAAAUCGUGAUGCGUACGCUGUCCGCAAGUUUGUAGCUGAUGGCCAUAGAAUAGCUUUAUCACAAUCAUUUGCAAAAAACAUGGGGCUGUAUGCUGAACGAGUUGGUGCAUUUUCAUUGAUUACUGAGAGCCAGAAAGAAAAGGCUGCAGUGGAUUCACAACUCAGAUUAGUGAUUCGGCCGAUGUUUUCUAAUCCUCCAAUAAAUGGUGCACGAAUUGCAAGUUAUGUACUUAGCGAUCCAGAAUUAUAUAACGAAUGGCAA